UCAAAGUUGUUAAAUAUGGCGUCUGUGGGAACAUUACCUUCUUCGAUGGCUACAAAACAGAACAAUGAUUCCCUAUGCGCUGAGAAACUACCUGAAGGAAUAAAUGAGAUGAAGAUAAAAGACGAUAAGGAAAUGGAAGCAGCUGUGGUUGAUGGGAAUGGAACUGAAACAGGUCACAUUAUUGUUACAACUAUUGGUGGUAAAAAUGGCCAGCCUAAACAGACCAUUAGUUACAUGGCAGAGCGCAUCGUUGGGCAAGGCUCAUUUGGAAUUGUUUUCCAGGCCAAGUGUUUGGAAACGGGGGAAACUGUUGCAAUCAAGAAAGUUUUGCAAGACAAGAGAUACAAGAACCGCGAGCUGCAGACGAUGCGUCUUCUUGAUCACCCCAAUGUUGUGUCCCUCAAGCACUGUUUUUUCUCAACCACCGAGAAAGAUGAGUUGUAUCUCAACUUGGUCCUUGAAUACGUUCCUGAGACUGUAUACCGUGUCUCAAAGCACUACAGUCGGGCAAAUCAGAGGAUGCCCAUGAUAUAUGUUAAACUCUAUACAUAUCAGAUUUGCAGAGCUUUGGCAUACAUUCAUGGAGGAGUAGGAGUCUGCCACAGAGACAUCAAACCACAAAAUCUUCUGGUCAACCCUCAUACACAUCAGGUCAAGCUCUGCGACUUUGGUAGCGCUAAAGUUCUGGUCAAAGGCGAACCGAACAUCUCAUAUAUCUGCUCCCGUUACUAUCGAGCACCUGAACUUAUAUUUGGAGCCACGGAAUAUACAACAGCUAUUGACAUAUGGUCUGCAGGCUGUGUUCUUGCUGAAUUGCUCCUUGGACAGCCUCUGUUUCCAGGUGAGAGUGGAGUGGACCAGCUAGUUGAGAUUAUAAAGGUUCUUGGAACACCAACUCGAGAGGAAAUCAAAUGUAUGAAUCCAAACUACACUGAAUUCAAAUUCCCUCAAAUAAAGGCUCAUCCUUGGCACAAAAUAUUCCAUAAGCGUACACCUCCAGAAGCUGUAGACCUCGCCUCAAGACUUCUCCAGUAUUCUCCAAACCUCAGAUCAACCGCUAUGGAGGCAAUAGUUCACCCGUUCUUCGAUGAGCUACGUGAUCCCAAUACACGUCUGCCUAAUGGUCGUCCCUUGCCUCCUCUCUUCAAUUUUAAGCCUCAAGAGCUUAAAGGAGGAAGCUUAGAGUUGUUGUCUAAGCUGAUACCUGACCACGCUCGAAAGCAAUGUUCCUUCCUUAGUCUCUAA